AGGUGCUCAUGUGACCGCGUCGACGCUUUGACCGUGACGCGUGCCACGAUGAGUCGCGUCUUCUUCCCUCCCGUCAUUCUUCAAACUGGCUGCAAGCCAAAGCUCCCCUCGCUUGUUUGGGUUGCCUCUGCUGUGCACAUCGUUACAGAGCUAAGGGUACGUGUGGAGAUUCAAAUUCAGUAACAAACUGUAGGAGGCUGCCGGACGAGACACGCAUCCCCAUCCUACGCAAAGUGCUACAUUGCUUCAAUAUUCUUUGCUAUGGAAUCCUCAACGACCAAGAAAGCGCUGGAACAGGAGAAGCAGGCAAAGAUACGCCGCCAGAUCGCUGCGCUACAAGCUCAACUUCAUGGGUCUGAAGAGAGCUUGCCUGCUCCACCUGAAUCACCGAAGCGGAAGGAGGCUUCUGAGCAUCUUCUUGCUCCUGAAACACCAUCUAAGAAGAGGAAGCUCAAUCACCCAGAACGACCUCGCACUGGUUCAACUAUUUCAUCCCAACGACCAAGACCGGUUGCUGCUAGCGUACCGGCAUCGUCGGCUUUCUACUCGUCACCGGCAAUUCAGCCCCAGCCUCAAAAGCCUGCGCCGUCCAAGGUCCUUGAGAAGCUCGCCAGGGCGCAAUCUCAUAAGGACGCGCAGCAAGAGAAGAGCGCUGUCAGUCGGUCCACCGCGUUUACACAACCGGCUGUGGUAGCCACGCCUCACGCCGAAUCAGAGGCGGUCCCACCUCGCGACGACCGUCUCGCUCUAGUGGAGGAUCUCGUCCCUGGACCAGUGGAUCACAAGCCGCCCUUCGACGACCCUCGACUUGAGAAGCUAGAACCCAACUCUGGCAUUCGACUUUCCUCUCGCUCAAUCCCGUUUGAGGACUUUCAGGACUAUCUCCGCGGCCGGUAUUACCUCUCUCCAUCGCGGCUUUACUCGGUUGUCCGCCUCCUACCGAGCAAGCAGGGCUACGACGUGCCAGUGGAGGGUGACUGGUUGACCAUCGCUGUGGUCGCCGAGCGGGGGAAGGUCAAGCAAAGUCAGGCACCGGUUGGCAUUGGUCGUGAUGAUAAGAUGGGCGCAGACGACGAUGAAGACGAAACUACUGUCGACCAGCUGGACGUGCCUCUGGAUGCCACAGCUCCCGCGAAGAGCAUGCAGGGACAUCCGCGACCGAAGCGCGUACGCAAAGACGAACCGCCCCGACCUAGCGGAAAGAAGUAUGUCAACAUGAAGCUCGUUGAUUUCGGCUGCCGCACCACCCCUGGAUCUUCCGCGACAGGAGGACAGACGGUCAUUCGCGGCGAUGCCUCACUCUCCUUGCUUCUGUUUGAGUCGGAUGGCCACGACGUCGUCAUCAAGGAGAAUGGAAAGAAGGAGAAGGUCUAUCGAGGCGGAAGUAGGGGAGCUUUCGAGAAGAUGUCGAUGUUGAAGGAAGGCGCUGUCGUGGCCCUGCUAAACCCGAAGGUCCUCAAGCCGUUCCAGCGCUCCGGCGAUGUGCCCCAUCCGACUGACAACAUCCUCGCGCUCACACCUGAGUCCGUCGAAUCCAUUGCUGUGAUCGGGUUCUCUCUAGACCUGGGCAUGUGCAAAGCGGUCCGAAAAGACGGUACGAAGUGCGGGAGUUGGUGCGACAGGCGCGUUGCAGAUGUGUGUGAUUGGCACAUACAACAUGCCGUUGAACGUAAGCGUGCUGGCCGUGCGGAGUUCUCGAGCGGGACAUCUGGCAUGUCGACUUUCGCGAAGCGGAAGAAGCCGGACCACGACCCCGCCAGGCAGUGGGGCCUUAAACCAGAGCCCGACAACAACGGGGCAACAUAUGUCGUUUCUGGACAUAUCAUCUCGGGCUCUAACGACUCGAAGUCACUGUUCCUCUCGGAGUCGAUGGGCCGCGAUGCUCAAGCGAGGGCAUCACGCAAAGCAUCGACGCUGGAGGCCGAUCGCGCUCUGCAGCAGCUCCUGAAGCGGGACAAGGCUGGGUCUCAGGCCCUCGCUACCGCGAGGGCGUUUGCCAAGAAGCAGGCCCGGAAAGUCAAGAAAGAGGAGAAGGGACAGCCUAGGCAGAAGGUUAAGGCGGGUAAUGCAUCUGACGCUGAGAGCGGGUCCGAGGCGAGCGAAGAGGAAGAGAACCAGCAACCGCUUAAGCAUGUGUAUUCCGCUCAGCUCAUCAAACAACUUGGAUUCGAUCCGACAGCGAAGGACGGACGGAAGACGGCUGACCCUAAGCUGCAGAGCAAGCUCGACGCACUUGCUGCAGUUCAGGCUUCCAAGAGGGAUAUCGACCUCGCUCCAAGGCCGGGCAAGAAGAAAAGUUGCGUAGGGCGCCCUGCACCCACUUCUGUGAAGUCCGGUAUCUCUCGUGAAGACUCUCCACUACACGUCCUCGACAGUGAUGACGAAGACGACCUCGAGCGAGCGGAGAAGGACGCGUUCGGUAAGGUCGUCAAAUCUUCUGCGAAGGAGCCUCUGGUGUGCUUGGACAGCAGUGACAUAGAGCAAUAG